AUGAGCAAAGCAUCUGUCAGGAAGCACAUGAACUUCAGAGACGCACUGGAAAGGCGCCUUUUUCAAACCCCCCUAGAGUUGGCAAACAGCAAGGAAGAGAUGGAAAUUGGCGGUCCGCGCUACUUGGGCGAUCCAAGCCUCGGGGACCUCGACGCGCACAGCCUCUCGCAGGCCUUCCACCGCAUGCGCAUCCAGCAGCAGGUGGCGCUCCAAACCGAGCGCAUCCUGGCCCUGAGAACUCCCCCCGGGGGGAUCUCCAGGGCAGAUUACGCGGGCUGGGAGACGCCCUCGCCGCCGCACACACCGAUCGGGGGAUUUCACCGGGCGGAAAGUCCUGUCUCACCGUUUGUGAAGAGUCUUGGAAUGGGAGGAGGGAGCACUUCGCCUCGCUCUGUGGUGGACGCGCAUGUUGCGGAGGCGUAUAAGAAGCUGUUUGGGGAGGAGCCUUUCGGCAGGGACGUCGCCAGUCCGGGGAUUCGCGGGAGAAGCGCGCCAGGUCCCACCGAUGCCGUCCCCAGCCUGUCUCUGCCCCCGGCGCAAGUCGACCUGUUCCUCCACAACCAGCUGAUUCUGCGCGAGCUGCUGCUGCGCGACCCCGCGCGCGCGGCCGCGCUCCUGGGCGGCCUCGGCUCGCCCAAACCCUCAACCCCUGGGACGCCACGUGGGCUGGAUGCCGCCGGCAAGCUGGGGCAGCCGCAGGCGCAGAACAGUUUGUACAAGACGGAGCUGUGCCGGUCAUGGGAGGAGACCGGGGCGUGCCGCUACGGGGCCAAGUGCCAGUUUGCGCAUGGCAGGGAGGAGCUUCGCGAGAUUCAGAGGCACCCCAAAUACAAGACCGAGAUCUGCCGCACGUUCAGCACCAACGGCACGUGCCCCUACGGCACCCGCUGCCGCUUCAUCCACGGCUCCGCCCCCCCGAAAAAGGACGCGCCGCUCGCGCGCAGUUCUUCGGGCGGCAGACGGUUGCCCAUCUUCGCGACCCUCGCGCCCGAGGCCGCGGCCGCGGCCGCGGCUGCGGCGGCUGCGCCCAUCAGGGGCUAA